UCUCGCACUAGCACGGAGCUGCGCCUGCGCUAGCUCCUGGCCCUGGGGAGCAUGGCGGCGUCUUCGAGUGGUGAGAAGGAGAAGGAACGGCUGGGAAGCAGCUCUGGAGCGGCAGGCGGCAACAGCACGAGAGAGCGGUUGUUAUCUGCGCUUGAAGAUCUGGAGGUCUUGUCGAGGGAACUUAUAGAAAUGCUGGCAAUUUCAAGAAACCAAAAGUUGUUACAACCUGGAGAGGAAAACCAGGUUCUGGAGUUACUAAUUCACAGAGAUGGAGAAUUUCAAGAACUGAUGAAACUGGCACUUAAUCAGGGCAAGAUCCAUCAUGAAAUGCAGGUUUUAGAAAAAGAAGUAGAGAAGAGAGAUAGUGAUAUUCAGCAGCUACAAAAACAACUAAAGGAAGCCGAACAAAUACUGGCAACAGCUGUUUACCAAGCAAAAGAAAAACUCAAGUCGAUAGAAAAAGCAAGAAAAGGUGCUAUUUCCUCUGAAGAAAUAAUCAAGUAUGCACAUAGGAUUAGUGCAAGUAAUGCUGUGUGUGCCCCACUGACCUGGGUUCCAGGGGACCCACGGAGACCAUACCCAACUGAUUUGGAGAUGAGAAGCGGAUUAUUAGGUCAGAUGAACAAUCCUUCCGCUAAUGGUGUGAAUGGUCACUUACCAGGGGACGCACUUGCAGCGGGCAGACUGCCAGAUGUUCUUGCUCCACAGUACCCAUGGCAGUCAAAUGAUAUGUCAAUGAAUAUGUUGCCACCAAAUCACAGUAAUGACUUUCUGUUGGAACCUCCUGGGCAUAAUAAAGAAAACGAGGAUGAUGUAGAGGUCAUGUCAACGGACUCUUCAAGCAGUAGUAGUGACUCUGAUUAAAAAAAGAAAAAUGGAAGACAGCAUACAGAAUUGAAUCCUGUAGAAUUCUGUUUCUUAAACAAUAGCACAGAAAUGUAAAUUACAGAUUUGUAAGGAAUAGCCAGGUAAACAUUGUUAUGGUGAAAUUGUCCAGCCCAGUAAAAACUGAGUGGACUGUCUUUAAAGCCAAAAACCAUGGUUUUAGUUCUAAUCCACUAGGCAGAUAUCUGAGGAUUAGUCAGAUUAUUCAGUAUCAGUGCUGUUUACGCCAUUCUGAUCUGUUUGUGCUGUAUUUGUACAGAAGGUUCUGCAUUUGAGGGACAUCAUCCAUGUACAUAGCACUUAGGCUUCCUGGAAUUAGAAAAGCAUUUUACAAAGGCAGCAGAUUACUGAAUGUGUAUCUUAUUUCAAAGUAAAAAUUCUCAUUUGAAAAUGAAGUUUCGGCAUUUGUUCUGUGAACAGGAGACAUGGUCUCAGUUUGUACUGUUUGUAAUUAUUGUAAUA